GGCAAAUUCAGUUGAGACCAAGUCAGUUAAUAAUCAACCUCAUCCCAGGCAGCCUAUAUAGUUUCCCAGUUCUGUGUCCUGUGGCGUCUUUUCAAGCGAAGAGGGGACUCAAGUGGCCGGCUGGCCAGCUCACUAUCAACACGAGACGGUCUAAAGACAGAAACAAACAUCAUGAAGCUAACGCUAACCUUUCUGUUUGUCCUUGUGGCUUCUUGGCCCCUGGUCCUCUGCACCAAGGAGGAGCCCAUGUCCGAAGACCCUCCCCUCCUUCAGGUUCCCGCCGUCGAAGCCCGCUCCCGCUUCGCCGCUCUUGACGACGUGCGUCUCCUGGCCAACGGUCUCCUCCAGCUCGGCCACAGCCUCAGGGACUUCGUCCACAAGACCAAGGGCCAGAUCAAUGACAUCUUCCAGAAACUCAACAUCUUUGACCACUCCUUCAACCAGCUCUCUGUGCUGGCCAGCGAGAUCAAGGAGGAAGAGGAGGAGUUGAAGAAGACCACGGUGGUGCUCAAGGCCAACAACGAGGAGAUCAAAAGCCUGUCGCUGGAGAUCAACUCCAAGGUGGAGAGCAUACUGCAGGAGCGUAGCCAGCUUCAGAGCAAGGUGGGCGGGCUGGAGGAGAAAUUGAGCAGCCUGUCUCAGGGCCUGGUGCCCACCGAUCAGCUGGCUGAGAUCAGCGCACUGAAGGUGAGUCACCCCAAACUGACCUUAACCCAUGGGGGAAAUGCUGUUUUGAGUUGAGCAUGGGGUUAAAGCUGAUUAACAUUCUCACAAAACUCACAAAAUAUCCAUGUAGAAUAUUGAUAUGGAAACCAAUGGAAAGUUUAUGGGGAAUUUUCAGACACUUCAACAAACCUCAAGAAGAUAAAUAGAUUAAAGUCACCUUUGGUUCUUUUACAUAGUGAUUAGCCUACUCCAUUUCCUUGAAGAGUAACAGCACAAUACUACCAGAUAGACAUAUUGUACCCUAUGAUAAAUAGUAAUGUCUGGAGAAAUUACCCGGUCCCAUCAUGUGUCCCUCAGGAUGUGAUCCACACCCAGGAGAGGAGCAUCACUGAGCUGCUGAAGGCUGUGAGAGAGCAGAGUGGCCAGCUUGACCACCAGAGGAGCAAGAUGAAGACUCUGGAGGAGAAGGUAGUUACUGCUAUUGUACAACAAUUGAUCUAGCUUGAGCCUUACAGUCUUCCAAUCAUGACAGCAGGCAAAUGACUACAUUUUUAUAGUACAACACUAUUCCUUUGCAUUUUUAGCUCACCUAUAACCCUUUCAUGCAAGAGACCAUUGAGAAACCAUCUGACAACUUCCAGUCUGUCACGCCAGCCCUCACUGGGUAUCUGACCAACACCUCUGCCAAUGGCAGCUUAGACAUGACAGGUAAGGUGGCUUAAAAGAGUCAUGAUCAUUUGUUAAUUUGUACUCCCUUUAGCUGAUACUUUGGCAAUUUUAGGGGCCCUCCAAAACACAAGGUCCACACAAAACACAAUGUUUGAGGGACAACAGGGUUGUUCAGUCACUGCCGAGUGCUGCUGAUUGACUGUGUGAGUGGUUAUGCCACAGAUCUCCCAUCAGACUGCUGUGAGCUAUUUACCAGAGGCGAGAGAGCCAGUGGAGUGUACGCCAUCAAACCUAACCAAUCCGAGCCCUUCAUGGUCUACUGCGACAUGGAUAAAGGUAAGACAGACAAUGAGUAGCGCCAAUGCAGAUCCGUUACUGGACUGAAACAUUGUGUACUAAUGUAUAUUUAUUGAUUUGGGUUCAAGUACUUCCUCUUUCCUUUCUGCAGAUGGAGGGGCUACUAUAAUCCAGAGAAGGAAGGAUGGGUCUGUGAAUUUCGAUCAGAAUUGGGAGAAGUAUGAAAACGGAUUUGGAGACUUUCAAGGUGAGUGAUCGAAUUGUGAGGUGCAAUGUGUAUUUUCUCAUGGCCAGUGCACCAGACCAGAGUACUCAAUUAUUAAAGCACUGAUGCUGUCAUCACCUCACGUGCCUGGGUGUGUGUGUACAACUUCAGCACUGAGCCUUAUGGAUUUGUCUGUGUUACAGGGGAGUUCUGGCUGGGUCUGAAGAAGGUCCACUCCCUGGCUAGUCAAGGUGACUCUUUUCUGAACAUCCAACUGGAGGACUGGAAACAGGGCAAACGCGUCAUCGAAUACAACUUCUCUCUGGAUGGACCAGAGGCCCACUAUACUAUCCACCUCUCACAGGCAUCCGGAAAUCUGCCUGAUGCAAUGAGCAACCACACCGGUAUGAAGUUCUCCACCAAGGACCGGGACAAUGACAACCUUGAAGACUCACACUGCGCUUACACCUACACAGGUACAGUAGUGGGGACUGGGGAGGACGACAUUUUAUGGAUGCAUGGUUUAUCGUAAGGGUUUGUUCUGAAUAAAAGUAUUUAUUGAAAGAUUUGUAUCUAAUUUAUGAAGCAUACGAUUUAAUGGAUCAUUAGAUUGAAUGGAGUCUGCUGUUUUUCACACCAGCAUCAAGUUGAACUAAUCUUACGGGCUUUUGCAGGUGGCUGGUGGUUCAACGCUUGUGGAGACACCAAUCUGAAUGGGAGAUACAUCCACGUGAGACCCAAGGGACGGUUCGAGCGUAGGAGGGGAAUCCAUUGGAAGCCAACCAGAGGGGCCUCCUAUUCCCUGCGAUGCACCCAGAUCUCUAUUCGCUCCACCCCCACCGCUACCGCCACCUCAACCUCCUCAGAAACGGGCAACUUCCGCUGAGAACAAACACAAGACCUAUGGACAGAAACAAGACCUUGACCAACCUUUGGCAAAGAUACAUGUGACUGACAGUCCCUGACAACAAGGCCUUAAGGAGAUUUAGGAGAUUUGGGAGGCCAGUUUAGUCAGGUUUCUUCUGUCGACUGCACAGUGGGACCAAGUUCAUUAAAUAGGACUCUGAAUCUAUAUCUCUAAGUCACUGUUUGUCUUAUAACUAGUCUAAAAAGUAUUGCUUCUCCUCUUCAGCAUUAAAGGCUUUGGGACACAAGGAACCAAAUGAAUUGUCAAAAAAUGUUACACUCAGUUUAGCGUAAUUGAUCGAUAACAUCCUCCUAUUGUUACAUGCAUUGGAGGAAUCCUAUAGAGUUCUUGUUUAAGCAACUGUAUUUCACACGGUAAACUAUGAAUUAAUGGUGGGCGGUAUUCAUACAUGAGAUCUGCACACAAACCUCGCAAAUAUGCUAAACGUACAUCAUUCUUUCACGUCAAUGGGAGACUUGCACGAAAAUGUGUGUUAAACGUGCAGAUCUUAAGUCUGAAUACAACCAGGUAUGAAGUGGUGAGGAAUUGGAUGGACAGCACACAGGCAUCACCAGGAUCUUAGUCACAUUGACUCUCAGCACAUCUGUACUGUAAAUACUGUAUUUUUGUUACUUAUCACAUUUUUACAGUUCUGGAAAAUAAAUCAUAUUUAUGACA